AUGAAAAGACAUAUAAGCCCAUGCUUACAGAGGGAAAUAUUUUUAUGCAACAGUCAGAAAAAUAAUAAACGAUGCCUCGUUCUUUCCUUAAAUAAUGAAUUACAAUUCGUUCUGAAAGCCUAUUCUGUACAAAAUGAAGAACCCUCCUUUGAUAUACAAAAUAUAAAAGAUUUAUUAAAUGAUCAACUUUGUUAUAUACUUUAUAAUGUUAAUAAUUAUAGCUCAUAUUAUCAUUGGAUAUUAAUAUUGUGGGCACCAGAAAAGAAUAAGAUAUUAAUAGAUGAUAUAGAUGAAAAUAAAGUAAAAAAAAAUGAUUUUAUACAUAUUGUUGAUAAAGGAAUAUAUAAAUAUAAUAAUGCAACUAAUAAGAUCAAUAAAUUAUUAUAUUAUAGUUUUAAACAAAAAUUUCUGGAUAUAAUUUUUAAUUAUUAUGAUAUACCCUUAUUUGAAAUAAAUAAUUUUGUUAUGCUAGAAAAAUGUAUACAUGAUUGUAAUAAUAAAUAUUAUAAUUAUAAAAAUUGUUGUACCUUAUUAAAUAGAGAAAAAACAGAACCAAAAAAUGACUCUUUUGAUAUAUAUAAUCAAUAUAGUUUACAAAGAUAUUAUUUAUUAAAUAUACAACUAAGAAGUGUUAAUAAUAUAAUUAUUUUAAAUGAUCCAUCACUUUGUCAUGAUAUGAAACGUCUUCUUGAAGAACCAAAUAUAUGUUUAAAUUUAUUUUAUAUAGAUAUACAGAAUUAUAAAAUUAUAAGUAAUCAUUUAAAUAUUGAUAAUAUUGAACAAGUUCAUUCUUUUAUAAAGGAAAAUAAAAUAUUCUAUGUAAUAUAUAAAGUUCUAGAUACAUACACCUUCUUUUAUAUAUGUAAUGAAAUAUGUGCUAAUACAAAACAGAAAUUUUUAUAUUCUUUCUUUAAACCCUAUUUAGUGGAAUACUUAAAAAAAAUAAAAAACAUACCAAUAUUCCUCUCUAUUGAAUUAAGUAAAACAAAACAUUUAAUUAGAUUUAUAAAUGCUGAUUUGAAAAAAAAUAAAAGUGGAAAAUUUGAAAAUAAACAUAAAAAUGACACUAACAAUAACAAUAAGAAUAACAGUUAA